AACGUCGUUAACCUUUUGCUUCAUUUUCUAAUGCCGCGCCGCGUCUGCAUUUCUCCCAUUUUUCGAACUUCCCUCCAAACUCCAAAGUCCGAACCAGUUUGAAAUUUUAUGACAUAUGGAGUCUGAAGCCAGUUUAGAGAAAACAAGAGUUGAGGGGGAUUCACCAAAGGAAGCUCUGCAACAGAAGAAGGCCACUGUAGUAGAAAGUGAAGAUGGUAAGCAAUUGGAAGAGACCGAGUCAAGUGCCACUUUAGGACCUACGACACCUGUUCCGGACAGAGAGAAUGGUGAAGUUGUAUUGGACUUCAAGUCUCCAUUGACAUGGGUUUCAUCACCUCCGGUAGCGGUUUGUGUUGAUUCUGCCGCGAUUGAUGAGGUUUCGGGCUCCGAUGUUAGCCCCAGGACGCCAAAGCGAGAUGUAUUUGAUCCAUUCGCUCCAGGACCAGAUGAGUUGAUGCUGGCUCCACGGGGUAACAAGUACUUGGAGGAGUCACGAAACAAAGUUGCAAGGCGUCUGAAUUUUGUUUCUUCAGUUGAAUCUAUGGCAUUCAGUGAAGAGGGUGAUGAUGGCGUGGAAGCUGAAUUGCAGCAGGAGGCACUCUUGGAGUCGGUGUGCAAAUUGUUCUGGGAAGUGAUUGUUUCAAAUCAGGUUGAGGAAGUUGUAGAUGAAACGCUGCAUUUGGAAUCCAAUCGUGAUGGUUUGAAGACACCCACAUUGUUGCCUCAUUUAAAUGGUGUCGCUGAAACCUGCCCUGGUGCCCCUGUGAAACCUACGAGAAAAUUCAGGAACAUUGAUCCGGGGUUAUGUAGAAAACUUGAAUUUUGAAGAGGAUUUGUUUGGGGUGAUUCUGAGUAUUUGGUACUGGAAGUUCUAACAUCUUUUCUGUUUUGUGGGUAAGCCUAUAAUUCUUAGCUUUGACAUCUAUAAGUUUAUAUUUAACCUUUUGAGUUGUAUAGUAGCCAUCAUCAGAGGAUAGAAGAAUAUAUCAAUGGGCUAACGCUUUCUGACAAAGUAUGUACUGCACUAGUAUAAUUGUAUAGAGAUUGUAUCUCAUUCGAUCGGAUCGGAUUGGAUGGAUUUUAAGAAUAGUGGACCAGUGUAGGUGUUUUCGUGUUACCAUUGGAAAGUUUCAUUUGUUCUGAAUCUGAUCAUGUUGUGCUUUAGAACUGUA